GGGCUCCUAGCUCCUGAGCACUGAAGAAUGAACCUUCGCUGGGCCAUGUGGCUGCUGCUCUUGGCAGCCUGGAACAUGGGCUAUGGUGAGGCCUUCCGAUGCUAUACCUGUGAGCAGCCCACGGCCAUUAACUCAUGCAAGAAUAUUGCUCAGUGCAAGAUGGAAGACACAGCCUGUAAGACUGUACUGGAGACAGUGGAAGCAGAGUUCCCCUUCAACCACAGUCCCAUGGUGACCCGCUCCUGCUCCAGCUCGUGCCUGGCCACCGACCCUGAUGGCAUUGGUGUUGCCCAUCCUGUCUUCUGUUGCUUCCGUGACCUCUGCAACUCAGGUUAUCCAGGCUUCGUGGCAGGCCUCUAGCCACACAGGGAGUCUCCUCGUUCCUCCUCUAUCCACUCUCCCGGCAGGGCCCGGUGCUGCCUGCAGUCGUCUCUACAUGCCUGGAUCGUGAGCAGAGCUCACUGAGCCUCAGGUCACUCACUGUCCACCAAGCUUGUGGAAAAUAAAAUAAGCCAAGGG